AUGCAUAUUUUGGUCACAAACGACGAUGGACCACCAUCACCACACUCCUCGCCAUACAUUCACUGCCUCGUGAAGCAUCUGGAAGAUGCAGGACAUGCAGUCUCAGUUUGCCUGCCUCAUACGCAACGCUCAUGGAUUGGCAAAGCCCACAUGAUUGGGCAGACUCUUAAGCCCAUGUACUACACGCCUUCAUCGGAUAUUCACGGCGAGGACGACGAGGGAACGAUACGUCACUUGCCCUCUACGGCAGCCGACGCUGACGAAUGGGUCCUCAUUGAUGGCACGCCGGCAUCGUGUGUCCAGAUUGGAUUGUACCACUUUUUUCAGGACAAAGGUCCAAUCGACUUGGUCAUCAGCGGACCUAAUUACGGGCGAAAUACGACGUCUGUCUUUGCUCUGAGCUCUGGAACACUGGGUGCUGCGCUGGAGGCAGCUGUUUGCAGAAGGAAGGCUGUUGCUCUCAGCUUCGCCUUCUUCUCCAGGAACCACGAUCCGCUCAUUAUUGAGGCCGCUUGUCGCCAUGGCAUCCGAGUCAUAGAGGCUCUUUAUAGGCAGUGGCCCGCGGACGACAGUGUUGACGUAUACAGCGUCAACGUCCCUCUCGUAGAGGGAGUCGAAAAUCACAAGACACUCUGGGCGGAUAUGCUGCAGAAUUACUGGAGAGAAGGAAGCUGCUUCCAGGAGAUCGAGGGCGAAACCGGCGACGCCGAAGAAGAGGAGGCUCGAAUCAGGCAGGGAGAAAUCGAGACUGGCUCGACCGUGCAGGAGAAGAAGGGACACAAGCAUAAACAUUUCAAAUGGGCACCCAGGAUGUCGGAUGUUUACAAGAGCGUGGAAGAGUCUGGACCCGGUAACGAUGGCCGAAUUGUCCGAGACGGAAACACGAGCAUAACUCCAAUGAAGGCCAACUUUGCAAUCUCACACCCCGAACGUGCCGCCAAAGAGUUUGAUUUUGAGUCUUCGUAUAAAGCUUUGCCAGUCCGAGAGAACUCGAAGCAAGUCGGUGAGGCGACAGGUGCAGCCGAAGCCUUGCGUGCCCUCAUUGCCUACGAAGAUCCCUACGUGCAGCCGCUUAUUGUCGCUGCACUGAAUGCCACAUUCCCACAAGGCUUGGUCCAGCUCGUUACGAAUGUGCCGACGACAGACGACUUCUCAAUAGCCAAGUUUGUAGACUCCCCGAAGUCUAAAGUAAUACAAAUAACGCCAUACGAACUCAUCGAUUUCGAGUUUGCGGCGACACACUCGACAUCUUGCCUGAUAAACAGCUACAUGAUCCGCAAGGCCUUGAUACGCAAGCACUACCUCUCGGCAACCGUUGACCACUGGGUCGCGAAGAAUCCCGACUCCCCGCUCAAGCAGCACGUCAAGCGAAGCGAGUCCUUUGAAGUCGACUACGCCGAGUUCCUAGACGACGCAUUGGUCGAGGCCUUUGAUCUCCGAGAGAGCAUGGACCGCAAUGCUGAAGCCGAUCGAGACGAGCCCUCCAGUCGGGAAUGGUGGAUCUUGAAACCUGGAAUGAGCGACCGAGGUCAGGGGAUUCGUCUAUUCAGCACAAUGGAAGAGCUACAAGGCAUCUUUGACGGAUGGGAAGCAGAUCGCCCCGACAGCGACGACGAAGACGACCAAACUCAAGACCAAGGCUCCCAGAAGGAAGGCGGCGACUGCAUCACCGCUUCUCACCUCCGCCACUUUGUCGCCCAACCUUACAUCCACCCGCCUCUCCUUUUCGACAAGCGCAAAUUUCAUAUCCGGACCUACGUCCUGUGUACCGGCAGCCUCGCCGUCCAUGUCUACAAACACAUGCUCGCUCUCUUCGCUGCAAAAGCCUACUCUGCUCCCUGGCAAUCCCCCGACGACAUUGAAUCCUUCCUUACAAAUACAUGUCUACAGGACUCGCCCAACGAGAACUCGGUCCGACGUUUCUGGGAUCUGCCGCUCCCGCAGACGCAGCUCUCUGGUAUAUUCGAGCAGAUUUGCAGUGUGACAGGUGAGGUAUUUGAGGCAGCCGCUCGCGUCAUGCCGGUUCACUUCCAAACACUACCGAAUGCGUUUGAGGUGUUUGGGCUGGAUUUCCUGGUCGAUGAGGCCGGCACGACGUGGCUUCUGGAGGUCAAUGCCUUUCCAGACUUCAAGCAGACAGGCGAGGACUUGAGCGAAAUCGUGGAGGGGUUCUGGAGGGGUGUCAUGAGAGUCAGUGUUGCUAAAUUUCUGGGCGUUGACGCAGCGCAAUGUGAGGAUGAGGGUGAUAUGGCUCUGGUCCGGGACGUCGACCUGGGGAGGAGGUGA